AUGAGACCACUGCUGGGAGGCGGUCUUGCCAGUCUGGCUCCCCAGGAGCUGGAGACGGUGCUCAAAGGACGACUCCAUCAGGCGGUGUCGAUCGCGCAGAUGACAGAUCUUCCAAACCGGUGGGGUCGUGUCAAAGACCUGUCUGAGGAUGUGCUCCAAUUCGACUUCAACAAUGCUCACGCGCGUUGGUUGCGGGGCUUAUCCUUGAAGAGCCAGGGAAGAAUCAAGGAGGCUGAGGAGGAAUGCCGUCGAGCAGUGGAAUGCGCUCGAUCCCAGGGGAAGGAUGCAGAGGCCCAUCAAUGGGAGUCAGAGAUCAAGAGCACCUUCAGCGACGGAUCUGCACAGAGCUCGAGGAAGUCGCCGGAGACCCCAGCCGCUGCCUCCGGAGCCAGUGGACCCGCCGAAGGAGAAGCCGAUCCAGCUGAGAAGAAGGUAUCUUCAUCUUCGCUACAGAAGGGCUUCCUCAAUCGAUCGAGUCGGAAGACAGAGGCGAUGGGCCAAGGAAAGGAUGUCGAGAGCAAAACAGCAAGGACACCAAAGACUCCAAAGGCGAGUGAGAGGGAGGUGGAGCUGGAGCAAGAGCUCGAGAGCCUGCGCAGAAGCUACCAGAACCAAGAGGCAGAGUUGAAGAAGCAGACCAUGUCAAGUGAGGCUAAGAAGGCUGAGGAGCAGAGGUUUCGAGAUGGCGCCGAGGUGAUUCUUCGAGAGUUGGAGAACUGCAUUGGGGCCAUCUCAACAUCUGAAUCACCCAGCUCUAGCCCUACGACAAAGACAGAGGCCCUCCAGCAGGCAACAGAGCGCAUGCAGGCUGGCAAAGCAUGGGCGCAGAAUGAGCAGCAACGGUAUGUGGAGUUUUCCACAGAGGUGCUGACACUUCAGGAGAUGUCAGCGAAGGAGUUUCGAGAGCAGGAGGAGUCUGCCUCCAAGCAAAGCAAGGAGCUUCGCGAGCUUGCCAAGCGCUUCAGCGAUCUGCUGAGGUCGGCGAAGCAUCUCGACGGAUACAUUAGGGAACAGUCUUCUGGACGGGAGACAGCAGUUGCAGAUCUGCAAUACUUGGCACAACAAGUUGCGGACUUCCACAGUCUCUCCUGGACGAGUAAGCUCGCAGCCAUGGCUGACGAUGGA